GUGUGUGCCUGUGCACGCCUGCAUGCGAUCUCUGCAUCUGUGGCCGUCUCCCUCGUUCCUCCCUCACCCAUCCAUGCACGGCGUGAUCUAAACAAACCUGCCUCUGGACAUGUCAUGGCUUAAAAUAGAUGUUCAGACAUCAGCCUUUGCACAGCGGCGGCGGCAGCAGGAAGACAUGGCCGACUGGAUCUGAGUCCAACGCCCGCUUGGAGCCCAGAAAUCCCAGCUCUCGCUAAGGACCGUGGGUGGCAGCAGCAGCAGAAGCGACCUCCAGGCCACUCUCCGGCCUUCACGACCCCACAGGUAUGCCUUGUGGGUCUCGGCAGCUCCCAUGGCUUUCCUGUCCAGGUUCUCCAGGAAUGGCACCAGGUCACCGAGCCGGGGCUCGCGGGAAGAGCGCAGCAGCCACCCCAUCCUCAGCGUCUUCGAGCUGGAAAGGCUGCUGUACACGGGAAAGACGGCCUGUAACCAUGCUGAUGAGGUCUGGCCAGGACUCUACCUGGGAGACCAAGAUAUAGCGGCCAACCGGCGCGAGCUGGCUCACCUGCGCAUCACCCACAUCCUCAACGCCUCGCACAGCAAGUGGAGGGGGGGUGCUGAGUACUACGAGGGCACGGGCAUCCGCUACCUGGGCAUCGAGGCCCACGACUCGCCCUCCUUUGACAUGAGCCCCUACUUUUAUCCUGCGGCUGACUACAUCCACCAAGCGCUGAAUGAAGGAAGGAUCCUGGUGCACUGUGCUGUGGGGGUGAGCAGGUCGGCCACCUUGGUCCUCGCCUACCUCAUGAUCCGCCACCACAUGCCCCUCGUCGAAGCCAUAAAGACGGUCAAGGACCACCGCGGCAUCAUCCCCAACCGGGGUUUCUUGCGCCAGCUGGUCGCCCUGGACAAUGCCCUGAGGCUGAAGAGGAGCUCAUGAAGGAGGACGAGAGGGGUCGUGCGGUGGGAGCGUGGUGUGUGUGGGGUUCUCCUGACCCCGGUGGCGCCGAAUGGCAGAGAUGGGGCUUUCCUCGCAGUGCAGACGCUUGGCAGCUGAUGGGUUACGUGCAGCCGGCCCCUGGGCUCCCCCCUCAGCUUAAGGGGGUCCCCACCAUGUGAGCUAUUCCCAGCGGUAAAGCAUAGGCCCUUAACCUGCAAUCUUGCCACCUAGGUAGGCAUAACGCAUAGUGUCCUCCCCAGCCUGCUCGCUCCAAGAUGCCUCUGGAGGGACUCAGCCCCACGUUUCAGGUUACUCUCUCCCUCUUGGCUCUGGGAAGCCUUCAAGGCUUCCUUCUCCCAUGUGGCAGCUGCAUUUGUCAAGCUGGUCCCGUCCCUCUCUCCCAGGAGACUGAAGUUCUGCGUGUUCCUUGUAGUCUUUCCCCAUUUGUUUUUUUUGGUCUGUGUAGCAACGUGAACCGGGUCUGGUGUGUGGGCUCAGGCAAACAGGCCUUUUGUCAUCGUGUUUGGGUGUCCUCCAUGCCUAGUGUUAACCUGUAAAAAUAAAGACAGUGCUAAGGAAAAG